UUUCGAUGUGACGUCAAUUUCCUGCGACGAGGGAGUCGCCGCCGCACAACAAGCGUGAGCCACCGGGCACCCGUAGCGGCGAAGAAGAGGGAAGAAUUUAAAUACGAUGUUAAAAUGCCAAACUGCUGGCUUAUUAGCGAAGAUGGAAGUCAUAAGCCCAUUCAGCUGCCCCACCUGCAGACUGUUGUUCUGGGUCGAGGCCCGGAAACGACUAUCAAAGACAAAAAAUGCUCCCGGCAGCAAGUUGAAUUGAAAGCAGAAUGCAACAAGGGUUAUGUCAAAGUUAAACAGCUGGGCGUGAACCCCACCUCCAUAGACACUGUAGUGGUGGGUACAGGCAGUGAGGUCAAAAUGAAGCCUGGACAGCAGCUUCAUGUCGUCAAUCAGCUCUAUCCAUACACUGUGCAGUUCAAAGAGGAUCCCACCGGCAGCCACGGUGGCAGCAAACGACCUCGAGAGUCGGCCUCAGAGGACAGAGAGAACCAGAGAGAGGCUCAGAAAACAAAAGCAGCCAAACAGACAGAAAAGGUCUCUGUGCCAGUCAGCCAUGGAGACGCCAUAAACACCAGCGAAGGUGUUGGACACUGGAGCCAAGGUCUGAAGACGUCUAUGCAAGACCCAAAGAUGCAGGUAUACAAGGAUGAUAAAGUAGUAGUAAUCAAAGAUAAGUACCCCAAAGCUCGCUACCACUGGCUGGUGCUCCCGUGGCAGUCCAUUCCCAGUCUGAAGGCCUUGCGCGAGGAGCACUGUGACCUGGUGAAACACAUGCAGCAAGUUGCUGACCAGAUGGUUGAGCAGUGCCCUGACGCCAGCUCACUACGCUUCCGCACAGGGUACCAUGCCAUCCCAAGUAUGAGUCAUGUUCAUCUCCAUGUGAUCAGCCAGGACUUUGACUCUCCUUGUUUAAAGAACAAAAAGCACUGGAACUCUUUCACAACGGACUAUUUCAUUGAGUCUCACGAUCUCUUUCAGAUGCUUGAAGCCAAUGGAAGGGUUACUGUGAAAGAAGGCGCCAGCGAGUUGUUGAAACUACCGCUCCGCUGUCACGUGUGUCGCAAAGAUAUUCCCACUAUACCGGCCCUAAAGGAACACCUCAAGUCUCACUUUCCCAGAUAAGAAAAUACAAUGACUCAUAUGUUCACAGUUCGCGUUGGACUCUUGGCACGUAGGGCAUUUUUUUUGCCUGUUUAUUAUGGUUUCUAGUUUUGUAAAACAAUGUUUUGUUCAAUAUUGGAAUUAUGUGACCAUAACGAAAUAUUCAGGUACAGUUUUUUUGUUGUUGUCUUCUGUCAGUACAGUUUAAGAAGAAGGUCACUGUGAAGAUGCAUUUCAUUAGUACAAAAAGUCAUUGGACAAGUUCUAUUCUUUCUAAAUUUUUCAAACAUGUUAAAAUAUGUUGUAUUAAAUGUUUUGAAAGAACUAAAUACAUAGUUUCAGCAAUUUCAGUCUGCAGAUUAAAAAGAAAAAAGAGGAAGCUGUCAGUAUUAUCACUUUUGUGAAUUUUCUGCCGAAGUAAAUUUUGUUUUGUAACCAAUGUUUGAAUGUUUGCUACAGACAUAUCAGAGAAAAUAAGAAAGUGGCUGCUACAGUAGUUUGCUUGAAUCUGAGGCCACGUGUAUGUUCGAAGCGAGGACCUUAGUGCUAUUAGUUUCAGGGCUGAGGUCUUUCAAAGCUGAAGUUCCAAGUGGCAACGGCGACAGAAGAUCUAACCACAGAAUCAAAACUUGUAAACUUGAAACAGGAUUGCGAUGACCAAGAGGGAAACGAUGGAGACUGCACCUCAUGGCUUUCAUGAGCUUUCACCAAACACAGCAGCACAAAAUGUUGACUUUGCCGCCACCUGCUGAAACUUUUUUUUCAGGCUGUGCUGCUAAACAAGCUCUGGAAUUUGAGCUUUGACAUCCAGGACUGUUCUUCAAACAUAGCUUGACUACUUAAUACUAACAUGCUGUUAUCCUGUUUACUCUCAUCCAGAUAAUCUGAUGAUUUGCGCUCUUAUUUGAAAUAAAGGCAAAGUUAGUCGGGAAAACAAUGAAA